AUGCCGGUGCAGCUGACAACAGCCCUGCGUGUGGUGGGCACCAGCCUUUUCGCCCUGGCCGUGCUGGGUGGCAUCCUGGCAGCCUAUGUGACAGGUUACCAGUUCAUCCACACAGAGAAGCACUACCUGUCCUUCGGCCUGUACGGCGCCAUCCUGGGUCUGCAUCUGCUCAUCCAGAGCCUGUUUGCCUUCCUGGAGCACCGGCGCAUGCGGCGAGUCAGCCAACCCCUGAAGCUGCCCUCACCUCCACGGUCCUCGGUGGCCCUCUGCAUUGCCGCCUACCAGGAGGACCCGGACUACUUGCGCAAGUGCCUGCGCUCGGCCCAGCGCAUCGCCUUCCCAGGUCUCAAAGUGGUGAUGGUCGUGGACGGCAAUCGCCAGGAGGACACCUACAUGCUGGACAUUUUCCACGAGGUGCUGGGUGGCUCUGAGCAAGCCGGCUGCUUUGUGUGGUCCAGCAACUUCCACGAGGCUGGGCCAGGCGAGACAGAGGCCAGCCUGCAGGCAGGCAUGGCCCGGGUGCAGCAGGUGGUGCGGGCCAGCACCUUCUCGUGUAUCAUGCAGAAGUGGGGGGGCAAGCGUGAGGUCAUGUACACAGCCUUCAAGGCCCUCGGUGAUUCGGUGGACUACAUCCAGGUGUGUGACUCGGACACGGUGCUGGAUCCAGCCUGCACCAUUGAGAUGCUUCGAGUCCUGGAGGAGGAUCCCCAAGUAGGGGGCGUCGGGGGAGAUGUCCAAAUCCUCAACAAGUAUGACUCGUGGAUCUCCUUCCUGAGCAGCGUGCGGUACUGGAUGGCCUUCAAUGUGGAGCGGGCCUGCCAGUCCUACUUUGGCUGCGUGCAGUGCAUCAGCGGGCCCUUGGGCAUGUACCGCAACAGCCUCCUCCAACAGUUCCUGGAGGACUGGUACCACCAGAAGUUCCUGGGCAGCAAGUGCAGCUUCGGGGACGACCGGCACCUCACCAACAGGGUUCUGAGCCUUGGCUACCGGACGAAGUACACCGCCCGCGCCAAGUGCCUCACAGAGACGCCCACCAAAUACCUCCGGUGGCUCAACCAGCAGACGCGCUGGAGCAAGUCUUACUUCCGGGAGUGGCUCUACAACUCGCUGUGGUUCCACAAGCACCACCUCUGGAUGACCUACGAAUCAGUGGUCACAGGGUUCUUUCCCUUCUUCCUCAUUGCCACGGUCAUCCAGCUCUUCUACCGGGGUCGCAUCUGGAAUAUUCUCCUCUUCCUCCUGACAGUCCAGCUGGUGGGCAUCAUCAAAGCCACCUACGCCUGCUUCCUUCGUGGCAACGCAGAGAUGAUAUUCAUGUCUCUCUAUUCCCUCCUCUAUAUGUCCAGCCUCCUGCCGGCCAAGAUCUUUGCCAUCGCUACCAUCAACAAGUCUGGCUGGGGCACUUCUGGCCGGAAAACCAUUGUGGUGAACUUCAUUGGCCUCAUCCCCGUGUCCAUCUGGGUGGCAGUCCUCUUGGGGGGGCUCGCCUACACAGCUUACUGUCAGGACCUGUUCAGCGAGACAGAGCUAGCCUUCCUUGUCUCCGGGGCAGUGCUGUAUGGCUGCUAUUGGGUGGCCCUCCUCAUGCUGUAUUUGGCCAUCAUCGCUCGGCGCUGUGGGAAGAAGCCAGAGCAGUAUAGCUUGGCGUUUGCCGAGGUGUGAUGCAGCCUCGA